CCAAUAGGAGGCUUGUCCACUAAGAAGGAGAGAGGGAGGGAGAGGAAGAGAGAGGUAAGGGUAAGAGAAGGGUAAGAGAGACAGAGAGCAGAGAGACAGAAAACUCUCAACUUGAGAAAGAGGGCAGGUACCAUUGACAGCUCUUUUUCCUCCACCCCUUCUCUCUCCAUCCAGGACAAUGAAGGCAGCUGUGGGACUCUACUCUGCCCUGGUGCUCUGUCUCCUGAUGGGGGCAGUGUUCUCCCAGAGACCGAGACCUAAAAAACCUCCUAAGCCUCCUAAGGCCACCAAGCGGCCCUCUUUCAAGCCUAGCCUGCCCACUGAUGAGCUGGAACCCCAGGAGCCCACAGACUUCCCCCCUCCCAUCCUUGGCCCCCCCUCCAUGUUCCUUGACUGCCCCCGCGAGUGUUUCUGCCCCCCCUCCUUCCCCAACGCCCUCUAUUGUGAGAACCGGAACCUCCGUACGGUCCCUGUGAUCCCGUCGAGAGUCCACUACCUUUACCUGCAGAACAACUACAUCUCUGUGGUAACAGCGGAACCCUUCAAUAACGCCACAGAGCUGCGAUGGGUUAACAUGGCCAACAAUCGCAUAAGAAAAGUAGACAAGCAGGUGUUUGAGAAGGUACCUGGUCUGUUGUUUCUCUACAUGGAGAGGAACCAGCUGAAGGAGGUUCCUGAUGACCUGCCAGCUGGGUUGGAGCAGCUCAUUCUCAGCCACAACCAGAUCUCCAAGAUCCCCUCUGGAGCCUUCGGCAAGAUGGAGCACCUUGCUCUGCUCGACCUGCACCACAACAAGUUGAGUGACAGUGAUGUGGGGAAGAACACUUUUAAAGACAUGAAGAACCUGGUUCAGCUGAACUUGGCCCACAACAUCCUGAAGAAGAUGCCAGCUAACAUCCCCAACGGCAUCACACAACUAUUCCUGGACAGGAACAACAUCGAGGACAUCCCUAAGGACUACUUCCAAGGCUUCUCCAACCUGGCGUUUGUGAGACUCAACUUCAACCAGCUAAGUGAUAAGGGAGUACCUAAGGCUGUGUUCAACGUUUCCACCCUGCUAGACCUUCACCUGGCCCACAACCAGCUCACCUCCGUCCCCCUGUUCAACCCCCAGCUGGAGCAACUGCACCUCAACCACAACAGCAUUGAGAGUAUUAACGGAACCCAGCUUUGUCCAUUCAGUCUGUCCUCUGAGAGUCUGACUGAUGAGGCUCUGAUGCCCAGGCUCAGGUACCUGCGUCUGGAUGGGAACCACCUGAGCCCUCCUGUCCCUCUGGAUGUCAUUAUGUGUUUCAGACACCUCAAGUCUAUUGUCAUCUAGAGUCAGGCCUGGACAUCACAACAUCACACACACACACAAAACCACACAACACACACACAACCACACACAUUAGUAUUUUAGAUGGGUGAAAUGGUGCCAGAUAACCUGAGUAAAAUGAUAACUGUACGGCUUUGACAACUUCAGGAAUAUUUCACAGCUGAAAGAUUUUAAAACAUUAAAACAAAUAUUUAUAAAACUAGGUUUUGGUGCAUGGAUGUAUCUGCAGUUCCAGUAAGAUAGGAGUUGUUUUGUCUGUAAGUUGUGUUUCUAAUAUUAAGGUAAAUUACCAUAGAAUAAUGGAACAAGUGGCAGAUGGAAAAUAAAGGUACAUUGACUGACAUGCUACAAAUAUAGUGUAGUUAUAAUUAGGGUAUGAUUAGUCUUUGCACAUAAUGAAUGUACUGUAACACUACAUCUGGGGUAGGAAAGAAGCAUGGUAAUGGUUUACAGGGGCUAAUACACAGGUAUGGCAUUUGGUGAAUGAAAAACAGGUUAAAAACGUGACUACCAUGUAGUUUAAAAUGUCCUUGGUGUAUCUGUGUUUUUGAGGUACUUUCGAUAAAAGUAAUUGUAUCCCUUUGUUUUGUAUGAAGCAGUUCUGUACAAAUAAAAUAAAUAAAACGUGCUCGUGGGCUAAUCAUGAA